AUUAGCAUCCCCCUUUCUGCCUCAAUCCCUGGUCGGUGCCCAUAUAUUACUGUUCUUAUUACCCCCUUCUCCAUCUCCAUCCAAUUCAACCCUCAACAUGGCCCUCCUUGACCUCCCAAGAGACCAACCCAGCCUCUCUUUCCCGUUAACUCAUAGUCAUGGCUGCCCCAACGGGACGGGAACACGACUGGCAACGCAAUCGAAGGAGGCGGAUGAUGAUUCAGGUAUUUGUUCGCCACCUCUGUGGAGGACUAGUCCGCCUAGAAGCCCCCAACAGCGCAAGAACUAUUAUCGAAGCCUGUCCCCUGCUUCCAGAACCCAGGCCGUUGCCAGAGGCCAAAUGGAACUCAUGGAAAUGGUUCGGAAUAUGCCCGAACGCACCUACGAGCUUUCUCUGAAAGAUCUCGUCGAGAGACCCUGGGUGGACGCUCGGGACGAAAAUGCCGCAGACGACCGGAAUCCCAAUGGUAAACGUGGCCAGAAAAGGGAAAGUAAUAUUAGGAAGAUGAAGAAAGGCAGCAACGUGGAUAGGGGAGGCUUCUAUCUGAAGAUGAUGUUCCCUGCUUCUUUGGGAUCCAAGAAGAAGAAGAAAAAUGAAUCGUCGGCGAAUGGUAGUUCUAAGGUCUCUCCGAGGCAUUCGCUAUCUGAGGGAUCCGUGAAGGCCGCUGAUAAGGACUGGUGGAAGAAGAGCCUUUCAGCUUCAGCGAAGAGUGAUAGUGGUGUGUCAACUAUCAACAGCGGAAGCGUGAAAAGCUCUGGCAGUAACAGCGGCAGGAGCAGAAACAACAGCAGGCACGAGAGCGGUGGUGGUGAUAGUUGCUGGCCCUUCCUUUCUUUCAUUCUCAAACCCAAAAAAGCCUAACACAGAAAUCAUAGACGCCUCCGAUAUUUGCGGAACCAGAACACCACAUGAUCCUCGUAUUGUCAUGUAAUUACAGUCUUCUGACAUGUAAGCGUGAGUGGGCAGACUGGAGCAGAAGGAUCAAGUAUGGAAGUCCAAGCGUGUCUGAAUACAAGAUAUGUGUUUGUUGUGUGUGUAUGUAUAUGCUACUGGGUUUUAUCUCGUUUUGUCUUCUUCAAGAGCCCUGCCCUUUUGGAUGAACCAGAGAAGUGAAUCCGGUAAGCCGGGGACCAAUGGGUCAAGUGCCAGAGUGGUGCCCUCAGUAUUAUAUGACUAUGAGGCGUCCGUAUGACGACAUCCUAAUGAUGACAUUGGGACGAAAAUCCCAGCUCAGAUGUGGGAGCUUGUCUGUACUCUGUAUAAGGCGUCAAAAUAUUUAUUCCUGUCAGCUUAAUUUUGUAUCGGAUAGGGGAUCAAUGCCUGAUCUUACAGCUCUUUUGUCUGUUUUGGCCUGAGAUCUUACGGUUAAUUUUGAUUGAAAUUUAUUUAUUUUUUUGUUUAA